CAAACUUUCUCCCGGCAUUCAAGAAGAAAACGUUCAACUGAAUACUGAACAUGAGCGUCCAGGUGUUGACUGUUGUCUGUUGUCUAUUCGGUCAGUAUUUAUAUGGUUCAUUUAAUGAACUAAUAGGUGUUGACUGUUGUCUGCUGUCUAUUUGGUCAGUAUUUAUAUGGUUCAUUCAAUGAACGUCCAGGUGUUGACUGGUAAUUACUGUCUAUUUGGUCAGUAUUAAUAUGGUUUAUUCAAUGAACUACCAGGUGUCGACUGUUGUCUACUAUCUAUUUGGUCAGUAUUUAUAUGGUUUAUUCAAUGAACUACCAAGUGUUGGCAAUCGUCUGCUGUCUGUUUGGUAAGUAUAUAUUAUAUAUGAUUUAUUUAAUGAAAGAUGUUUGCCCUUACAUUAAAAACUGAACACUGAAGGCAAGUCAACUUCAAAUCAAACCAGUUAUCAAUUUGUGUACAAUUGCACAGCUGGAUGUCUGGCAAAUAAAGCAGGGACAUCAACUGCCAACGUGACAGGACAAACACCUCCACCAUACAGAAUUCUCGGUGGAACUAUGGUCACAGAAUUUAAAUACCCCUUCCAGGCGUCACUUCAGUACUACAUGAAGAGAGACUGGUACCAUUUCUGUGGUGCUGUGCUCAUUGCUUCUAAUAAGGUACUCUAUUUCAUUAGGUUAUACAUUCAAGUAAUUAACGCUAUAUUAUUCACAACAACAUACAUCAAUUUUGAUACAACAAUACACCAUCUAAGUUAUUUGGAUGCAACAAUACACCAUCUAAGCUAUCGGGUUACAACUGCAAACCAUUUAAUAGGAAACCAAACUGUUAGGGAUACAAUAGGAAACUAUGUUUUACGGUUACAACAAUAGGAACCCAAGCUGUUAGGGAUACAACAAUAGGAACCCAAGCUGUUAGGGAUACAACAAUAGGAACCCAAGCUGUUAGGGAUACAACUAUAGGACACAUAAGCUGGAAAGUGUUAUAUUUUCAAAAUAACACUAUUUUUACAAAAUUGCGCAUAAAGUGGGCAAAAAACCAGCUUGAACUAACAUACCGCAUAAUUUAUUGGGAGUUUAUUACUUUGCUGUUCAAUUAAUAGCUUCAUCAUGGAAUACAUAUACGUUUUAUUACAUGUUAGAAAUACAUAAACUUUUUAUCACAUGUAAGAAAUACAAUAUAAAUUGUAUCACAUGCCAGCAAUGCGCAUCCAUUAUAUCACAUAUUAGAUAUACAUAUACAUUGUAUCACGUUACAAAUUUUUAAUACAUGUAUUAUUUUAUUAAUUUAUACUUAUUUAAUUGUUUUACUGAUGAAGGCAUGUGUGGAAAUGUUUACUUGUGUACUAUGUAAAAUUAUUUUUUAAAGCGAAACAUAUUUGAUAUAUUGACACAAAUUGUUCCGGUCUAUUUUAAAGCUUCUUCUUCUAUAUAUUAAGGGCCCACGAUCAAUUUAUUGAUCAUUUUGGCUACUAUCCAUAUAGAUGGGAUUUGCAAUGUUUCUGUGCCUGGUGUUGAUGAGGACAUUUCACUGAUUGAAAGGGCCACUUUGUGAGGGAAUCAUGCACUGGAGGGGGGGGGUGUUGAAAGACUUGAGGCAAUAGACGCAAAUGUGUCUAGUGUUGUCACCUCAACUGUUUCUAUGAAAGCUUGUUCCAGUCCAUGAUUGUCUUGGGCAGGAGUGAGCAGUUCCUAUACUGGCUUCUUGCUGGUAUGAGCCUGAAUUGCCUGUCAUGGCCUCGUCGCUGUCUAUGGGGAGAGGGACGAGUUUCUGUUUAAUACUGGAACUGUGGACCAGCCGAUUAUUUGUCUUAUACAAUAAGGAGAGCUUGGAUAGUCGUCGUCGUUCCUCCAAUGGUGACCAGCCUAGUGUUUCCAGCAUGCUGCCAACACUAGAGGUAUUCCUGUAGCGGUUCAGGACAAGUCGAACUCUUACUGGUGCAUAUAUCUAAUCGAACUCUUACAGGUGUAUAUAUCUAAUCGAUCUCUUACAGGUGUGUAUAUCUAAUCGACCACUCCUAAUUAACACCUGAAUUAAUUAAUUUUUGAAAUAUUAAGUUUAUUUAUAACUUGUUACAUUGUUGGUUACUGAGUCUCAAUGUCUUUAUAUCUUGUUACAUUUCAUUAUUGUAGCUCACUGUCUUUAUAACGUGUUACAUUUGGUUACUGUGUCUCACUGUCUUUAUAACUUGUUACAUUUGGUCACUUUUUCUCACUGUCUUUAUAACGUGUUACAUUUGGUUACUGCUGCUCACUGUCUUUAUAACUUGUUACAUUUGGUUACUGUGUCUCACUGUCUUUAUAACGUGUUACAUUUGGUUACUGCUGCUCACUGUCUUUAUAACUUGCUACAUUUAGUGCCUUUUUCACACUGUCUUUAUAACUUGUUGCAGUUGGUUACUGUGUCUCACUGUCUUUAUAACUUGUUACAGUUGGUUACUGCUGCUCACUGUCUUUAUAACAUGUUACAGUUGGUUACUGCUGCUCACUGUCUUUAUAACUUGUUACAGUUGGUUACUGCUGCUCACUGUCUGUAUAAGAACUUUACCACCACACGAAUCAAGAUAGGAGCCCUGGAUCUACUGAUCGAUGGACCCAAAAACAAGUACAGCCAGGUUCGGACAGUAAAUAAGAGUAUCAUUCAUCCUAGAUACAAGCAACCUGGGGAAAGACAUGACAUUGGUGUGAUAUAUCUGCAGACACCUGUUGAAUCCAACGAAAAUGUUAAGGUAUGUUACUUUUAAUAUAUUGAUAUGUUCUAACUUACAACGUCAACUUCAAUGUAUUAUACGUUUAUAUGUGUUAGUUACAUACAAUACCUAUAUAAAGGUGUUUCAUUGCCCAAGAAUAUGAUCUUGAUUCUGAUAAAGUUGACUGUGGUGAUAUUUAUAAAUCAUUGUUAUACAAGGCAUUUAUAAUAAUUCUUUGUUUCUAUGUUAUUUUUUAAGAUUUUUCUUUCAAAAUUUUUUAAAAUCCAAUUUGAACAAUGAAAUGUGACGCUUUCUAGGUGUAUUAAAAUGGAAAUGUUUCACUUUCUAGUUGUAUUCAAAUGAAAAAUGUUUACUUUCUAUUUGUAUUAAAAUGGAAAUGUUUCACUUUCUAGUUGUAUUCAAAUGAAAAUUUUUCACUUUCUAUUUGUCUUAAAAUGAAAAUAUUUCACUUUCUAACUGUAUAAAAAUGGAAAUGUUUCACUUUCUAGUUGUAUUAAAAUGGAAAUUUUUCACUUUCUAGUUGUAUUCAAAUUGAAAUUUUUCACUUUUUAGUUGUAUUCAAAUGAAAAUAUUUCACUUUCUAGUUGUAUUAAAAUGGAAAUGUUUCACUUUCUAGUUGUAUUAAAAUGGAAAUGUUUCACUUUUCUAGUUGUAUUCAAAUGAAAAAUGUUCACUUUCUAUUUGUAUUAAAAUGAAAAUGUUUCACUUUCUAGUUGUAUUAAAAUGGAAAUGUUUCACUUUCUAGUUGUAUUAAAAUGGAAAUGUUUCACUUUCUAGUUGUAAAUUUUACCUUUACAAAGUGAAAGAUCAACAUAAUUUUACGAAAUGUUUCACUUUCUAGUUGUAUUAAAAUGGAAAUGUUUCACUUUCUAGUUGUAUUAAAAUGGAAAUGUUUCACUUUCUAGUUGUAUUAAAAUGGAAAUGUUUCACUUUCUAGUUGUAUUAAAAUGGAAAUGUUUCACUUUCUAGUUGUAUUAAAAUGGAAAUGUUUCACUUUCUAGUUGUGUUCAAAUGGAAAUGUUUCACUUUCUAAUUGUAUUCAAAUGAAAAUAUUUCACUUUCUAGUUGUAUUAAAAUGGAAAUGUUUCACUGUCUAGUUGUAUUAAAACCGAAAUGUUUCACAUUCUAAAUGUAUUAAAAUGGAAAUAUUUCACUUUCUAGUUGUAUUAAAAUGGAAAUGUUUCACUUUCUAGUUGUAUUAAAAUGGAAAUGUUUCGCAUUCUAGUUGUAUUAAAAUAGAAAUGUUUCACUUUCUAGUUGUAUUAAAAUGGAAAUGUUUCACUUUCUAGUUGUAUUAAAAUGGAAAUGUUUCACUUUCUAGUUGUAUUAAAAUGGAAAUGUUUCACUUUCUAGUUGUAUUAAAAUGGAAAUGUUUCACUUUCUAGUUGUAUUAAAAUGGAAAUGUUUCACUUUCUAGUUGUAUUAAAAUGGAAAUGUUUCACUUUCUAGUUGUAUUAAAAUGGAAAUGUUUCACUUUCUAGUUGUAUUAAAAUGGAAAUGUUUCACUUUCUAGUUGUAUUAAAAUGGAAAUGUUUCACUUUCUAGUUGUAUUAAAAUGGAAAUGUUUCACUUUCUAGUUGUAUUAAAAUGGAAAUGUUUCACUUUCUAGUUGUAUUAAAAUGGAAAUGUUUCACUUUCUAGUUGUAUUAAAAUGGAAAUGUUUCACUUUCUAGUUGUAUUAAAAUGGAAAUGUUUCACUUUCUAGUUGUAUUAAAAUGGAAAUGUUUCACUUUCUAGUUGUAUUAAAAUGGAAAUGUUUCACUUUCUAGUUGUAUUAAAAUGGAAAUGUUUCACUGUCUAGUUGUAUUAAAACCGAAAUGUUUCACAUUCUAAAUGUAUUAAAAUGGAAAUAUUUCACUUUCUAGUUGUAUUAAAAUGGAAAUGUUUCACUGUCUAGUUGUAUUAAAACCGAAAUGUUUCACAUUCUAGUUGUAUUAAAAUGGAAAUAUUUCACUUUCUAGUUGUAUUAAAAUGGAAAUGUUUCACUUUCUAGUUGUAUUGAAAUGGAAAUGUUUCGCAUUCUAGUUGUAUUAAAAUAGAAAUGUUUCACUUUCUAGUUGUAUUAAAAUGGAAAUGUUUCACUUUCUAGUUGUAUUAAAAUGGAAAUGUUUCACUUUCUAGUUGUAUUAAAAUGGAAAUUUUUCACUUUCUAGUUGUAUUCAAAUGAAAAUGUUUCACUUUCUAGUUGUAUUCAAAUGGAAAUGUUUCACUUUCUAGUUGUAUUAAAAUGGAAAUGUUUCACUUUCUAGUUGUAUUAAAAUGGAAAUGUUUCACUUUCUAGUUGUAUUCAAAUGAAAAUGUUUCACUUUCUAGUUGUAUUCAAAUGGAAAUGUUUCACUUUCUAGUUGUAUUCAAAUGAAAAUGUUUCACUUUCUAGUUGUAUUCAAAUGAAAAUGUUUCACUUUCUAGUUGUAUUCAAAUGGAAAUGUUUCACUUUCUAGUUGUAUUAAAAUGGAAAUGUUUCACUUUCUAGUUGUAUUAAAAUGGAAAUGUUUCACUUUCUAGUUGUAUUCAAAUGAAAAUGUUUCACUUUCUAGUUGUAUUCAAAUGGAAAUGUUUCACUUUCUAGUUGUAUUCAAAUGAAAAUGUUUCACUUUCUAGUUGUAUUCAAAUGAAAAUGUUUCACUUUCUAGUUGUAUUCAAAUGGAAAUGUUUCACUUUCUAGUUGUAUUAAAAUGGAAAUGUUUCACUUUCUAGUUGUAUUAAAAUGGAAAUGUUUCACUUUCUAGUUGUAUUAAAAUGGAAAUGUUUCACAUUCUAGUUGUAUUAAAAUGGAAAUGUUUCACAUUCUAGUUUUACUAAACAAAUGGAAAAGUAGGCUCUUCAUUUCUUAUGUAAAUAUCAGAAGAGAAAAUCUGCCAAAUUUGAACAGAAACUAUAUUUUACCUUCAUUUAUGGUAUGGGAAAAAAGCAUUCAUUGCAAAUAAUUUAAAGAAAAAAUAUAAUAAUUUGGUUCUCCCCCAAGGGAGGGGAGAGGGGACUCGCAAAUAUUUUUUUUUCGAGGGAGGAAGGGGGGCGGCUUUGCGAGUUGCCAAAAUGGCAGCUAAGGGGUAGUAGAUGGGACAUACUUCUCGGGGCGCCAGACUUUCAGCAGGCAAAAAAUGGGCUUUGGUGGAAUUAAUUAAUUGAAAAUAACUGGUUUAAGAGUUGGAGGGUGCGUUCAAAUGAAUCUUUUCUUCUGACGCCAAACACUGCAGAUACGCCCCUGCAGUGGCGUCGAAAUAGGGCGGGUGGAGUGGUCCGUCCAGGUGUCCCUGUUUCUCUAUAUGCUGGUGCGGCAUUUUAGGACAACUGCAGAGUUUUAAUUGUGAAAUGGAGGACGGCCAAAAUAUUUGGCAGCUCAUGGCAGCCUUAAUAGUAGCUACGCCACUAGGCAGUGUAUCUAGCAGCUCAUGGCAGCCAUAAUAGUAGCUACGCCACUAGGCAGUGUAUUUAUCAGUGUAUUUAUAUGAUAAUUUUCAUCGACACCUGGGGAGAAAUUGAUGGCGCCCAUGAUUCUUGAUCAUUGUAGGGGUUUUUGGGAGGUUGCUCCCCAGAUAAUUUUUGAUUAUUUGAAAUCAAGAGGUGUAUUUUUCAUUAUACUUGAAUUCGAUGUUUCUAUUACACCUUUCAAACACGGAAAAGCAUUUUAAAGAUGUUUGGGAGGCAUUAUUUAGCCCAGUGCCCUAUAUAAACUGAAUUCACUCCGUUUGUGGCAUGCCCCCGGGUAAUCAUUAGGGAUAGGCUUAUACUCAACCCCACAGUGCACAAAAUGCAGUGCACAAAAUGCAGUGCACAAAAUGCAAGGGUGCAUUCUUUUGGCACAUGCUUGAAUUCAUUGUUUCUUUCAGACAAUUUUGACGUGGAUUUCAAACGUUCCUUUGGGAAAUGGCAAAAUUAGCCAAAAUAAUGACCCAAAACAUCUUAAAUUUCGCAGUAGAGCGACGUAAACUAUAUUCAAUCUAGUUAUGUCACCCUUGAGGGUACAAUUUUGCUCUAGACUAUUCUCGCCCCUUAAAUCAUUAUAGUCCCCAGAAAAUGUUUGAUAAAUUCAAAAUACAUAAAUAUAUUUUUCACAUAUCUGAAUUUCGUUUUGCAACAUGCCACACUUAAUUGGAGAGCAACGAAAGAUAUCCUAGUUAAAAAUAUAUAGGUGCCGCUUAACCUUAGAACCAUCGUGUGCGCCCAGCAACACCUACGACUGAAGGGUGCCUCGGAUCAUUUAGGGGCUUAAAGAUGUGAUGAGGAUAUUUUCUUAAUUAUCAUCUUUCAAUGCAGGGUUGUCAAACGGAAAAAGCAUGACCUGCUUGUGUUAUGCAAAAACAAAAAAAAAAUUAAAUUAUUUAUUUAACUAAAAAUAAUAAUGUGGCUUUUAUUUUUGUAUUUACAUGAUUUUUAGGGAUAGCAACUUAUUUAUAAAAAAAAGAAUUUUCAAAAAACCAAACUUCAUUUAAAAAGAGUUCCAUCACUAAAAAGCACAGCAAACAUUAUUUGAUAUAAUGAAAGCAAAUGGGAAAAAACUUACUUACAAUUCUAAUGCUCAGACGAACUUUUCUAAAUGUGUCCUAAUUUUACGAGAAACAAAAAGAAAAAUAACAGGUUUAUUAGAAAGUUCUAUACAUUGUUAUGGCUUUUGAAAACUGGUCCAUGUUAUAAAUGUACAAGAGCGUCAUUACUAUUUUAAGAAGACAUGAGUUGUGUACAGAGGAUAUUAUAUUUUAUUAAUGUGUGAUUUUAACUAAGGGAAAUUCCUAUGCAACUAAAGUAUAAAUUUUACAAUAUUCGGUACAUUAAAAUUUGUAUUUAACAUUUCCAACUACUAUACCUUUCUUAAAUAGCCUUUGGCCAUACUUUGAAACAUUUUUAUCUAAAUCCACAGAAUCAAUUUUAAAUUGCCCAAUUAGGAAUAAGAAUUAUUUUUAAAAAAAAAAACACAUACCAAAAAAAUGGAAUUGGUCUGAUAAUCGAAUUGCUAGUUUACACAAAAAAAAAUGUUAGCUUUCUACUGAAUUGUCCUAUAAAUAAAAUUAAUGAUAUUAAAAAAUGAUAUCAGUGCCAAUGGAAGAGGGACUUUGUUUGUUAUUCUGACAUUAAAAAGAGAAAAGCUGUUGGAAAGUUAAUAAUGAUAAAUAUAGGCUAACGGCUAAGUAUUUUUUUUUAGUCUGUUAUUCAGGAAACUUUGAAACAAAGAUAGUACAUUUAAAUUUAUUAAAAAACACUUUUGAUUUAAUAGUGAUUUAUGAAACGUGAACUAUUUCUUUGGGCCAUUUAAAUUCUAAGUUAGCAACAAAAAGCAUGAUACCUAAUUGUUUAGUCAUGCUUUUACGAUGAACUAUCAUUUGAAAACAGAUUGCACAUUUUUAAAAUUUGACUAUCAUUAAAAUUGGAGACCUUAUAGGUAUGUAAAUAUAUUUUAAAAUAAUGUCAUUAAAUUGUUUAAACUUGUGGAGUUGCAAAAAAUAAAUAAAUAAAAAUAGCGAUACAUGCAAAGAACAGGAAGUAAGACUGGGGCGGUCAGUGUGAUUUUUAUAACCGAAUAUUCUCUCUUGAUUAGCCUUAAAAAUACGGAUAAUCAAAUAUAUCGAGCCUAGCCAUAUUUUAUAUAUUCCACUAAUUGUAAUCGGUUAAUGACACCAGCUAAUAUUCUUUUAAAGAUGACAAUUUAGUAAUUUGUAUAAAAUAAACUUUAUUUAAUUAUUUUAUUAUUGUACAUAUUUUUGCUUCGGGGGGGGGGGGACUUGUCUUUCCUCGGGGGGCUAAUGCCCCCCCUCCCCCCCCCCCUGUUUGUUACAUGUUGAGAUUGAAUGAAACUUGUCAAAAAUCUUGAAGUGUUUUUAGGUUUGAUUGAUUUAAAUCUAGAACUAAGUUUCUAAGCUAUUUAUUUGGUAAUAGCGUACUGUCAUUAUCCUUUAAACAUAUUCUGCAUUCAAGACUAAACUCAUAUUUGUAUUGGUAAGGAAGACAUGUGAUGACAAAAAUUUAAGAAAUGUGUAACAGAAAAAGUAACAGAAACAUUGCAAUGAAAUAUUUCACAGUAAUGUAUCAGAGAAAUCUAUCACAAUGUUCUAUAAUUCCGUUUUUAGUUACAGUUAUCAGAUAUGGCUAAAGGAAUAAUCUAUGCCCCACUGUCCUAUAAUUUAUAACUUGAUCUCUCCAGAUAGCCGAGAUAGCUCCCAAAGGAUUGAGCUUUGAAGGAGACACAUGCGCCAUCGCGGGCUGGGGAAUCAGUGAGGAAAGUCCACAAGGUUCUUCCUUUCUCCGAGAGGCUUUUCUCAAGGCAAUCAGCACACAAAGAUGUAGCACGUUCGAUUGGGAUAACCCUAUCACCAAUAAGGAGAUUUGUGUUUUCGAUGAGAGCAACGGUGAGAAAAAAUUAGGUUUCUUGUUGACAUUGGAAUGCUAAGAAUGUUAAGAACUAAUUUCUAAUCAUUUGAAAAUGUGUAAAUGAAGUGGCUUAGCUAUGGUUGUUGAAUGAAGUGGCUUAGCUAUGGUUGUUGUCCCCCGGUGAGGUAAACUCAUGGUAUCACCCCCCCCCCUUUUCUUUCUGAAUUUAACAAUUGAUCUAUUUAACUUUUUAUGUUUAAAAUAAGUCCACAGUUUAAAAAUGACAAGAAAAAAAAUAAUAGAAAAUGAGGAGGUAAAUGUAUUUAGGAUCUGUAAGAAUAUUUUCACAUUAAAUUUACUUUCUUAAAAAUGUCCAUUCUUGGUCAUCAAAUCUGAAAACCUGUCAAUCACAUUAUCAAAAUCAAUAUUCUUCACCGUAUCACUUUCAAUUGAUAGCAAGGCCAUAUCAGAAAGUCUUGACUGUUCCAAUGUUGAUUUUUAAUGGUUUUUUAUAAGUCUUAGUUUUGAAAAAGAUUCCCUCACAUGAAGCCACAGACACAACGAUCAUAAGAAAAAUUUGAAGGCUUAGCAAAAGUAUUUGAAGAUAUUCUAGGAAGUCCCAUCCAGCGAUGAAUUUCAAUAUAUUAAAUACUGAUCAGUCCAUGAAUUUGCGAAAUUUGGAUAUCAGCUGCCUUUGGGUGUCUUCUAAGCCUUGGUAUUUCUUUUAAAAGUUAAUCUUCAGAUAACUCAUUAUAGAAAAGGUGAUCUGAAGUUCAAAAUGAAAGCGACCAAUACACUCCAGCAUCUACCUAUUGUUUUUCUUAUCGCAGAGAGAGAGAGUCCAACAUCUAUUAAUUGUUCUCAUGUCAUCCUCUUGUUCAACCUGAAUCUUUUCUCUACCGAAAUGCCACAUUGGUCUGGUUUUAAGAGUGCCUUUUCAAUAGCACGUUCCACCAUGUGACAGUGCUUCUCUUACAGAAACAAUCUUAGGGGUUCUAGGCUGGUCAACACUUUGUCCAGAGUAAAGCCUUUAGUCUUCAGAGACUACCGUUUAAGAUUAACUUCCUCAAGUAGAUCAACCCAAAGGCAACGAUAGCAGAUAAACAUAAAAUCACAGCAGAAUGGAAAAGAUCUUGUGCUCAAGAAUCGUGCUAAAAUGUUAAGGGGCUGUGCUAGUGACGAAUCGGGGAAAUAUUAAUUUUUGAGUAUUUCUGUGUUUCGAUAUAUUUUGUUUCAAAAAAUCAUAUACUUGACAAAUUAAAUACAUUUCAAUUAAUCAUUAAAAGAUAUUAGAACUUUUACCGAUUCGAUUAAUAUAUUUAGUAUUUCCCGACCGCAUCUUAUUUGAUAUCAAUGGAGUGCCUUAUUUCUCAGAAUUUAGAUAAAUAUAGCUUCAUGUCACAAACGUUACCGAACACUUCAAUCGGCGUUGAAAAUUUGUCAAAUUUGUGUUUUUCUGACCUAAUUAUAAGGUCACCUUAUUUCUGACGCAUCAACCUUUGAACUAUUAAUAAAGUUCGCAUUUGGAUUGGUUACAUGUGUGAACUUUUAGCAUGCGAUUGGUCAUACUUUUAUGAAAUUCGGUUAGACCGACCUUCGUGUGCUCUGCAAAAAUGCAUUUCGUUCAAUUUGUUGUCACUUCUAAGAUGGUGCCUCCCGGUGCAGGCCACGACCCCGCGCCCCCUAGCUACGCCACUGUGUAGGUGUAUUUGACAUUCUCAUUAGCUACUAACAUUCUGUUUCACAUUCUCAUUAGCUACAAACAUUCUUCUUUCUUAUCAUUAGUUCCGCCCCUUUAUUUCAAAUUUUUUAUUAUUUUUAGCGGAUCCAGAUUACCGUGCGAGAUCCUGCCAAGGCGACAGUGGGGGAGCCUUAAUGUGUGGCGUGGGAUAUCGCUAUUUAACUGGUGUCACUUCAGCCGGUGGUAUCGGUUGUACAGGUAAGCGACUCAUUUUGUUGUACAGGUAAGCGACUCAUUUUGUUGUACAGGUAAGCGACUCAUUUUGUUGUACAGGUAAGCGACUCAUUUUGUUGUACAGGUAAGCGACUCAUUUUAUUGUACAGGUAAGCGACUCAUUUUGUUGUACAGGUAAGCGACUCAUUUUGUUGUUCAGGUAAGCGACUCAUUUUGUUGUACAGGUAAGCGAUUCAUUUUGUUGUAAGGGUAAGCGACUCAUUUUGCUGUACAGGUAAGCGACUCAUUUUGUUGUACAGGUAAGCUAUUCAUUUUGUUGUACGGGUAAGCGAUUCAUUUUGUUGUACGGGUAAGCGAUUCAUUUUGUUGUACAGGUAAGCAUCUCAAAUUUUUUACAUGUAAGCGACUUAAUGGCGAGUACGGGAAUGUGACUGAUUUUCUUGUACAUGUAAGUUAAAACAUUAGUUGCAUACAUCUGUCAUUGAUAUAUCAUUUUGUGUAUGCAUCUGUCAUUGAUAUAUCAUUACUUGUAUACAUCUGUCUUUUAUAAAACAUUAGUUGUAUACAUAUGUCACUGAUAUUUCAUUAGUUAUUUGGAACAUGAAGAUAUUGAUAUAUCAUUAGCAUAUUUCUUUUUUUUUAUUCCCCUUUAAUUUUUUAACUUUCAAUACACUCCCAGGGACCAAGCCAAGUAUCUACACGCGCGUGUCAGAAUACAGAGAGUGGAUUAAUUCCGUCUAACACUGAACAUUAACACUGUGACCUUGACUGGCGUCACAAGGCAGGCGUCACAUCAUCACUGUGAGCAUGACUGGUGUCACCAGACAGAUGGUCACAAAUGUCUUGUACUUGAGGUAUAGAUGUGAAUAAAAUUUUACUCUUGUU